AUUGAGAAUCAGACUUUCAAAUCAUGUACAUCAGUGAUUAUUCAAUGUAAUGAAAAUACCAGACAAAUUUGUUUGAUUAUUUAACUUAAUUUAACAAAAGUUUCAAAAAUGUUAGAACUUACUUUUCAUUGGACAGAUUAUGUCGUAUUCGGAAUCUUACUAGGCAUUAGUUUGGUGAUUGGUGUGUAUUUUGGUUUCUUUAGUAAACAAGAUACAACAAACGAAUACUUAUAUGGAGGUAAAAAGAUGGGAUAUUUUCCCGUAGCAGUUAGUUUAUUGUCCAGCUUUUUAUCGGGAAUCACAUUUUUAGGAUUACCGGCAGAAAUUUAUCUGUAUGGAACAUCUUAUACAACUGCAUUUAUUGGCGCACUCAUUACCGGCAUAAUAACCAUAUAUGUCUUUUUGCCAAUUUUUUUCAAACUUCAGCUUUCAUGCACUAACGAGUAUCUAGAACUGCGUUUUUCCAAAGACGUUCGGAAAUUGUCAUCAAUGACCUAUCUCAUUGGUUUAUUAGCAUUAACUUCGAUUAUAAUAUAUGUGCCUGCUCUGGCUUUUUCUCAAGUUACCGGAUACAGUGUUCACGCAAUCACACCCAUUUUAACGAUUAUAUGCAUAACGUACACGAGUAUGGGUGGCGUAAAAGCAGUAAUAUGGACAGAUACUUUCCAAUUCAUUUUCACUUUAAUUGGUGUAUUUGCAAUUCUUGGCAUUGGAUUGAGCUCGGUUAGCGGAGUUUCAGAAGUAUGGCGAAUCGCAAGUGAAGGAGGUCGAACGCACGCUUUCGAUAUGUCUCCGAAUAUGUACAAAAGAAAUACAUUUUGGGCGAUUCAAGUAGGUUUGAUUACGUCCUGUGUCAGUCGGUUCAGCGUUGGACAGAAGUUUGUCCAGAAAUUUUUAUCCGUGCGCACUAUUGGAGAAGCUAAAAAAGCAAUUUGGAUAAUGAUUUUUGGCUGGAUAGUCAUAAUGCUGUUAUGCUCAUUGAUUGGACUGACAAUAUACGCGAAAUAUCACGAUUGCGAUCCCUUCAAGGCUAACCUUGUAGAGAGAAGUGAUCAAAAUGUUAUAUACUUCGUCAUGGAUGUAGCAGGAUUUAUACCAGGUCUUCCAGGCAUUUUCUUAGCUGGACUUGUCAGUUCUUCGCUGUCAACUAUGAGUGCUUGCUUAAACACCCUUGCUGGCAUGAUCUACGAUGACUUUAUCAAAAACUGGCUGCCCGAAAGUCCAAAGCAAGAAGCCAGGGCUGCUAAUAUCAUGAAGGUCUGUGUUAUCAUCGUCGGCAUAAUGGCGAUUGGAUUAGUCUUUGUGAUGGAACAAUUGGGAACAAUAUACAAUAUGAUUUUCACCAUCGGAAGUAUACUCGAUUCGCCAAUUUUGUGUCUUUUCGUGUUGGGAAUGCUGAUGCCAUGGGUUGGCAAGAAGGGUGCUUUAGUGGGAGGUUACAGUUCUUUGAUAUUCUCACUAUGGCAGGUUGGUGUUUCACAGUGGCACUUGAUUAACAAGAGAUUGCACUUUCCACAUCUUCCGACGUCUACGGAAGGUUGUCCUUAUGAAUUGAAUCACACUAUCAGUACAACAACAUAUCGUCCACCUCUAAAUCCGGAAGAUGAGCCAUUUUUUCUUUUCCGGAUUUCAGUAUUGUAUUUUACGUUGACAGGAAGUUUAUUUGGAAUAAUUGUCGGAGUAGUCACAAGUUAUUUUGCAAAAGAGAUGGAUCCUGCAAGUGUGAAUCCUGACUAUAUAUCACCUCUUCUUCACAGGUUCCUACCGAAAAAGAAGUACACUGAAGUACCUCUCAAGGAUAUACAUAUGCAUCUACAUUCAUUUUUUCACGCGUCGAUCUCAUUAUUCGUCAAGAAAAUGGACACUUUUACUACAGAAUCAAGUUUUACCUAUGGCAUCAAACAAUUAACAUUUGGAUGGACCGAUUAUGUGUUGUUUGUUGGUUUGCUUGGUGUCAGUUUGCUCAUUGGUAUUUAUUUUGGAUUCUUUAGUAAACAAGACAGUGCAAAAGAGUAUCUAUUUGGUGGUAAAACGAUGUCAUACUUACCUGUCGCCAUGAGUAUGCUCGCAAGCUUAUUAUCGGGUAUAACCUUUCUUGGAAUCCCUACAGAAGUUUAUUUUCAUGGUGCAUACUAUUCCCUGACUGGAAUACCAGCCAUUAUUUGCUGUACUGUUACAGCAUAUAUUUUUAUGCCGAUAUUUUACGAUCUUCAAGUUGCUAGUAGUUAUGAGUAUUUGGAACUACGAUUUUCGAAGAAUAUUCGAUCAUUGGCAUCGUUUCUCUACGUCAUAUCACUGAUGUUAUAUAUACCGAUAGUAAUUUACGUCCCGGCACUAGCUUUUUCUCAAGUUACAGGAUAUAGCGUUCACGUGAUAACACCAAUCUUCAGCCUUGUUUGCAUAACGUAUACAACCAUGGGCGGAGUCAAAGCAGUUGUUUGGACUGAUACAAUCCAAUUAUUUUUCACUAUCGGAGGUUUGUUUACUGUUUUGACGAUGGGCGUGAUGGCUGUAGGUGGUUUUUCAGAAGUUUGGAGAAUUUCAAAAGAAGGUGGAAGACUAGACAUUUUUGAUAUGAAUCCGAGCCCAUUUAUACGAACCACGUUUUGGAGUAUGACGAUUGGUACAUUCUUUGGUAAUAUUAGUCGUUUUACCAUAGGGCAAAAGUUUGUUCAAAGAUUUUUAUCCAUUGAAAAAGAAGCUGACAUUAAAAAAGCUGUAUUUUUUAUGGGAUGCGGAUGGGUAUCAUUACAACUCUGCUGCGUUGUGACGGGUUUAAUAGUAUAUUCUAAAUAUCAUGACUGUGAUCCUUUAACUGCUAAGUUGGUCAAUCGUGACGAUCAAACCUUGCCAUAUUAUGUAAUGGACGUCGCUAAAAAUAUUCCAGGUUUAUCUGGAGUUUUUCUCGCUGGUCUCGUCAGCUCAGCAUUAUCGACAAUGAGUGCUAGUCUUAACUCUCUUUCAGGAAUCAUUUAUGAAGAUUUUAUCGAUCAAUGGAUUCAGGAAAGUCCCAGGAAAGAUGCUAAAUCAGCUAAUAUUAUGAAGGUCACGUCAUUCAUCAUUGGCCUGAUUACAAUUGCUAUGAUUUUCGUAAUCGAGCAUCUUGGUACUAUUUUUGAAAUGGCUAAUAGUUUGAGUACAGUCGUUGAUGGUCCACUCCUUGGACUUUUUAUUCUCGGUAUGUUUAUGCCAUGGGUCGGCAAAAAAGGCGCGAUUUCUGGCGGGUGUAGCUCUAUCGCAGUCAUGUCUUGGAUUGUCGGAGGCACUCAGUGGCACAUCUACAACAAGCGCAUACAGCAGGCUCAUCUACCCACCUCUAUUGAAAAUUGUCCCUUUCCGCUAAACAACACAUUACUUCAAAGUACGACACCAUCUCCUUUAUCACCUGAGGACGAGCCAAUGUUAAUCUUCAAGUUAUCAUUUCUUUACCUCAUAUUGACGGGAACACUUACUACUGUGAUCGUCGGAUCUAUCAUUAGUCUUAUUAUUAGUGAGUCUGAUUCAUCGAAAGUUGAUCCCAGGCACAUUGCGCCAUUUUUAAGAAGGUUCUUACCGAAAAAGCAGUAUGUGGAGGUGUCUCUAAAGGAAAUACAACAAGAAAACAACCAAAAAUAAUCAAGAUAGAAAUUCACAAAUAAUUCACAUAAGCGUUGUAUUUGUUAAAUCAGUAUUAAAACGAAAAUUAAAUAAUAUUUAUUUAACACAUUCUA